CCUUGGCAUGAUGAGCUAAACGAAGCCCACCAGAAGCAGUCUUGCGUCCAGAGACAGAGAGAGAGGGAGAGGUGCAUCCUUUUGACUGGCAGUGCAGAGUCGCUGCUCCGCUACACCCUUACGUAAAUACAUAGGAGAAAAAACACCAUCACAAUGUAAACGUUAGAUUCAUCAACGGGGUCGGCCUCCCGCUACUGGCGCCCAUGGUGUUAACUACCUAGCACACGAUGCGGACGGUGAUGCGGCGAGCAGUGAGUGUGCGCUCCUAAACACCGCCGUGGGUGAAGACAGAAGAGGAGCCUCUCAGACAUUAUAUCAGCAGUACCACAAUCCGCGGAUGAUGUGUUUUUAUCCCUUCCCCUUCUCCAUCCUCUCUCGGUUAAAGUCGACGGAAUCGACCGAAAGGAUUCUGCUACAUUAAAAACAUUUCUUUCCCCCAGAAGCAGCACCAAGAUCCAGGAGAAUCAAGAUGAAAUUUCCGACCGAAAAUCCCAGAAAGCCAGGGAACAUGAACCCUCCACCAGUGGAAGUCCAUACCAACCUGGUCCCCCCCAAGAAGGUGCAGCCAGGCAUGCUUCAGUCCAGCUUGGUGCACGCCAGCGUGGCCACCAUGCAGAACCCGAUGGGCUGCUCUUUGCCACGGCUUUCUGUGUCCGCCCGUCCCCCCAGCAUGGUGACCAGCAUGGAGGCGGUGGCCGAUGGCUCAGCCUCCUUCACCAUGAUGAAGCUGAAGACAGUGCUGGCGGUAUUUGUAGUGGUGGUGGCCUACCUGGUGGCGGGGGGCUUGGUGUUUCGAGCGCUGGAGCAACCCUUUGAAAACAACCAGAAGAUCACCAUCACAGCAGAGAAGGCUGCCUUCCUGCAGAAACACCCAUGUGUGUCCCCAGACGAGCUGGAGGCUCUCAUCAAGCACUCUGUGGAGGCUGUGAAUGCUGGGGUGAAUCCCAUCGGUGAUACCUCCUACAACUCCAGCCACUGGGAUCUGGGUAGUGCCUUCUUCUUUGCUGGGACUGUCAUUACAACCAUAGGAUAUGGUAACAUCGCCCCAAGCACUGAGGGAGGGAAAAUCUUCUGCAUUCUGUAUGCAAUAUUUGGAAUACCGCUGUUUGGAUUCCUCCUGGCAGGUGUCGGGGACCAGCUUGGGACCAUAUUUGUCAAAAGCAUUGCCAAGGUGGAGAAGAUGUUCCGGAAUAAACACAACCAGAUCAGUCAGACUAAAAUCCGUGUGGCUUCCACCCUCCUCUUUAUCCUGGUUGGCUGCAUCUUGUUUGUCACCAUCCCAGCUGUGAUCUUCAAACACAUCGAGGGCUGGACAGCUCUGGAUGCAACAUAUUUUGUUGUCAUCACUCUGACAACUGUUGGAAUAGGAGACUAUGUCGCAGGGGGAGACAGAAGGAUUCAGUACCGGAAGUGGUACAGACCACUGGUGUGGUUCUGGAUCCUGGGUGGUCUGGCCUACUUUGCUGCAGUGCUGAAUAUGAUUGGUGACUGGCUGAGAGUGCUGUCCAAAAAGACAAAAGAAGAGGUUGGAGAAAUCAAGGCUCAUGCUGCAGAAUGGAAAGCUAAUGUGCGAGCAGAAUUCCGGGAGACACGUCGGCGUAUGAGUGUCGAGGUCCAUGACAAGCUGCAGCGAGCCGCCACCAUCCGGAGCAUGGAGAGACGACAGCUAGGCUUGGACCAGCGUGCUGUAUCCCUGGACAUGCUUUCCCCGGAGCGACGUGCCAUCUUCAACAGCCUGGACACCAACAGCUAUAAGACCUCUUCCCAGGAGAGCAUCGACUCCAAGCUGAACAACCUUCGGCUGCGAGGCACUGAACAGUGUGACCGAAGCUCCAACCACCAGACCACCUCUGAGGACAACAUUUUCAACCGCCUGGGCUCUGUCACCAAGCUGGCCAAGCGCAACAGGAAUCGGGACUUAAAGAAGAACAUCCCAGACGAGGCUCGCCGGCCUCACAGUGAGGCUUACGGCUGCAGCAUGUCCACUUUUGACUGCAGCACACCCAUAGUAGAUGAAGGGAAAAGCAAGGAUGAAGCAGAGGAUGAGAAUGAAGACAAGGAGUGCAACACUAGCUUGUCUGAUUUUCCACUGUUUGUGGAUGCUUGCAAGCCGCAUGAUGGGUUAAUUCUGGAGCAGACCAAAGAGAAAGAGAAUGAGAAAACACUUGAAGAAAAAGAGCUGCAUAUUCAAAUGGGCCCAUAGACAGCGUGUCCUGAUACGAAAGCAGAUUUUAAAUAUCACCAUUAGUGCCUUAGGUCUCCCUUAUUCCUGUGUGUGCUUAAGUAGGGACAACACAUGUCCCUUUGUGCUAUACACUGUAAUGUCUACAUAAUCACUGUGUACAAUGGAUGUAAUGGACACACAUUGCAAGACCUUGUAGGGUUUCUAAAAUUUUGCUAUGCUGAAAUGCGAUCAUAUUAAAAAAAAAAGAAAAAAAAAGCAGUUGCUAAAAGGAUAACAACAUGGGUCUUAGUUUGGUAGUUCUGGCCAUCAUUCCUCACUAUAGUCAAAUAACAUACCUGCUGUGAACCAGAUGCAGAAUCUUCAUGACGGAAAAGCACAUUUUUUCCUCAGUACUUUCUCACUCAAUACUCAGUGUUACCAACUCCCAACAGUAUCAGAUGUGUAGUGUUCAACAAAUGCCUUCUGCUUUAUGUUAGCCUACAUGUCAACUAGAAACAAUGAAUAUAACUGCACAUGGCUCAGAAGCACUCAGAUGUUUUGGGUCUGUUCUGCAUAUUGCACACACAUCUUACCACUAACCCACUAACAUCUGACUUUUUAAUAUAUUGGGAAAGGUAACGGUCGACAUUCACACCCAGAUCAAAUGACUCUGCAGUAGUCAUGGGUAUUUAUUAGGGAUGGGUCACAAUUUUCGAAUUUCGAAUAGUCGUUUUAUUUUUGAAAAAUCGAUUUUUUAAUGCGACUAUUACUAUUCGCCGUCUUAUUUCCCCCCUUUAUUUGACAUGCAAUUCAGCUCCUAACUGCACGAGGGCAGUAUAGGAUUGCUACAGCGGUGUGAGAUGGGCUACCAGCUAGUUUGAUGCUCUUCUACAAACAGGAGAAACAUGCAGAGACUACUACUCCGCGAGGAAUGUCCGCAGUCAUUCGGGCUUUCAUAGUCGAGCACAUUUCCGCGUUGUAGUUUCCUGUAAAAAUGUCCGUGAAAAAUCCCCGCGAUGUGAAAAAUACAUGCCAAGCAGUCACUGGUGCGCGGAGCAGAGUCCACACGGUCAUAAAAUCUGAGCGAUUAUUCGAAAAAUUGUUGAAUAGCUCCAUCUCUGAUUGGCAUUGACGGAAACCGAACACCCAGGGGAACACACUAAUCUUAGUCCCUAAAUCGGCGAGAUGCAAUGAUGAACCACUACAACACAUUGUCUGUCUCCUUCCGAGCAGCACUCAGACAUCAAUGCUAUAUUAGUCUGCACGAAGUUUGAAAGAGAGACUGAAUAAGUAAGAGAUGUAUAAAAAGAAUAAAUCAAAAUAAAGUUUUCAUAGGCCUCCAUGCUACUUCCUGCUGCUUAUUAAACUAUUUUCUGCUCUGUCCAUAACAUUAAAUGUGACACACACACAAAAAAAACAACAACAAAAAAAAAACCACACAGGCAAACUCAUAUGGUGUGUACACAGCUAUGGUCUGCUGGCAAUGCGAGAGGAUUCUAUCACCGAUUUUUAGCGGGUUUACCUGUUUUAAAUUGCAUACACACACUAGUUUUGUUGGGGUAUUAUACACAAGAAAGACAUUGUCUGUUUUAAUUUAAGCAACUAUACCAAAAGAAUUGCAUGCUUGUCCAUCUUCACAUCCAUUUUGUACUAUAUGUGGCCCAUAACAUACUUAUAAAACAAUGCCAGUGUUAACAAACCAGAUUAUCACUGUGCUGUUGGUCAAAAUACAGAGCCACUUCUGAACAGCAUUUAAGAAAACUUAUCUGUGCACAUGUUUUUUGUUUUUUUUUUUUGGUGCUACCUUAGUGUCCUGUGUGUAUUUUGUGUUUUAUUGUAGAGCUACUGGCAAUCCUCUGUGGACUGGCACACCACUUGUUAAUGUAGUAAUACUGAAAAUAAAGACUUAGAUUGUUUUCCAAAGCUUGAGCUAGAACGGACUUUGGAAGCAGUAGGAGGCUAACCUAAUGUCCCUUCCAGAUGAUGCCAGGAUAUUUAUUAAAGUAGCAAAGCUGACCUGCUAAUGCUGGCGUAACAGAAUACCUCCUCUCUAAUGUAUGACUGAAGACAUUGCCCUAGUUGAGAUCAAGACAGGUCUUGGGUUUCUUGUUUCUUGCCUUGCCAUACUUUUCCAGCUGUUAAAUUAGUGAUUAUAAUGUUAUCAUUGCUGAUGAAAAUGAUGGUCAAAACUGUGUAAUUUUCUAAAUUAAUUACAACUAGACCCAAGUUGAAAUUAUCCUUGAACAUGGAAAGGAAAGCGUUGCAGUCACAUCAAAGAUGUAUUCAACCUUCCAAACUGUCAGCCAGGACAGACUUGUAGAAAAGACCACCGCACACUGUCUUACUUGCAAAAAUAAUUAUUUUAAUGCAGCGGCUACAUUGCGGUGACUAGACCUUUAUCAGGCAAACAGUUUUGUAACAAAGAGUAAC